AUGGCGGGAGGGCAUGAAGGUCCUAGGAUAUGGAUAGUUGUUGAUUACUUUAUGAACGAGCUUGAGUAUAGUGCAGACUAUUUGGCUUCCCACCCGGUUUUGCCAACAUUAAGUUUUGAAAAGUAUGUGAAGCCACGGAUUGAAGUUCUUGGAACUCUAAAUGAGAAGAAUUUGAACAAGUGGAAAGGAGGUUUGUUAACUGUUUUGGGCAUGUCAGAGUCGAAGUUUCUGAAGAAUUAUAUUCGUCCUUACAAGAAUGUACGGCCAGACAUGUGUGAGACUUAUCUCAGUAAAGCUGAAAUACCAAAAAUCUAGGAAUAAGAUGUGUUUCAGGUAAUAUACCCGCUAGCAUGGCGUUUUGUGUGUUGUUGUCCUUGUGUCAUUGUUGGUUUCAUUGUUUAAUUUUUAUUGUGUGCUAUAAUACUUUUCAUCUUCAUUUUUCUAAAGGGCAUCCUUGGUAAAGUGUUGCAUGCUUAUCACCACAGUUUCCAACAAGAAUGCAUUAAUCUAUCAGAAUCUUCCUACACUGACCAAUAUUGAUAUCUCCAUUGCAUUUUCCAAAUCUUUUCUUAUGUUCUAAUUUCUAAGUUUAUACUAUAUUGAGCUGGGAAUUUGUACCUUUGGAAUGAAUGUAGUUACCAUAUGUUGUCCUGUUAGUACUUGGCCCUUUAUGAUUGACACUGUC